UGCAUUGGAUUUGGACUGCUAGCAGUGAUCAGCAACCUGACCUCCUCGUACCACAAGCUUCACUGCAACUGGAACACGGGACUUUACAUCACAGGAUUGGUUUCAGCUUCUAUUACAGUUGUCCAAACCAGAGUCUUAACCAGCUCACUUACACAGAGGCUUGUGGAGGAUAAUUUCUCGAAGAAAAAGAUGCUGAGUACAACACUGUUCCUUACUCUGGACCUUCUUACCUUACUCUGCCAACUCUACUUCAACCCUGACAAUCCAGUGUGGCCGGUACUUUACCACUUUACCCACCUUUCCCUCCACUACAUCAUCACUUUCCACCACUCCAGUGUCCUCCAGAGACUAGAACACGUCACCAGUGUCAAACAACACCUCAUGACCAAAUUAAUCAACAAUAAAAAGGCAGAAACAUCAGCAGAAAAGGCCAUGAUACCACGACCUUCGUUCAAAGCAUCACCCCUCAGACGACCAACAAGGUCAUGGUCCUUCGAAGAGACAACACGUGACAGAACCGCUCGGGAAGAAAACAGAAAGAAGUUGGUAGAUCUCAGCUCAAACGAGGGCCUCUACGACAGUCUGACAUUUUACCUAACUAUAGUAUGCUGUGUGCUGUACCUGCCUCUGGUCCUCGGUGAGAGAACCGUCUUCUCGGUCUACUUUCUAACUCUGUUCAGUACAGCCUGGUCCACCGUUAUCUCUUACUGUGUCCAGGAGGGGUGCUGGCACACUUUCUAUAUCUGUUUAGGGUGGAGUGAUAAGAUGAGCUAUCGUAAGGGUAUAGACAGAAGUGUUUCCUUUAAUGAGAUGAUUCAGUGUAUGGAGUUUGAUGAUACUCAAGUUUCACCUGGGCCGUUAAACAGUAAGAUAACCUUCGUAGACUCUAUCACCAGACAGUCUCACCCAGGCAGAUUGUGAUUGUUUAUGUAGUUGUACACUUACAGUUUAUACAUAGUUAAGUAUAGAUAUUUUAGUUUAAGUUUCGCGUCACAAAAAAAAACAUCUCGAUUGAAGACAGGUCACACGUUAUUGAUACACUAAGAACCGUUGAAGCUCCGAACUGUUAUAACUUUUGUUACAAUUAAUACUUAUAUGAUUUGUCAUGGUGGAUGAUAAUGCUAAUAAUUGAUUAUUAGCUACUGUCGUGCACUUGAUGAACUUAAAACUAAUGCUUGAUUCUUU